UCUUUUUAUCUGACUACAUCUUCAAUGCCUGUGAGAUUCAUAUGAAUGACAAUGGAAGAUAAGUAUAUACUCUCCAACAUAAGACUUCAAUAUCCCUUUAGCACCCAGAAAACACGUAAAUAAAAGUAAAUGGAAACAGCAGAUGCAUUUUCUUAUUAGUUCAUAUACCAAAAUAGGAAAUAGAGGAUUGAUUGACUAUCUCACGAACAUAGCUCUUCAAGGUUCAAUGAACUUUGUGGCUUCGACCAUCUCACAAACAUAGCUCUUCAAGGUUCAAUGUGCUUUGUGACUUCGACCUUUUCUUGGUCCUCAUAACCCUACCACUUGAACCACAUGCUUCAAGUUGUGGUUCCCUCGGCGGAAACAUUAACCCCUCGCUGUCCGGACAAUAAUGCCAAGAACACGUAGUAGACUAUCUUCUCGGUGACCAAUGUGGGUCAGGCUCCAAAAUUGUUUGUUGUGAGGCUUGCUUUUAUGCUAAAACCCCCAUUCCACUCAAAAGGACAUCUUGGUCUUUGAUGUCUUCAAUAUUUUGCCAACUGUGGUUUUGGGAUGGAAGAACAUAAUGCUACGACUUUCAAGAUGUGGGUUCCCCACGAUGAGGCAUUAACGCUACCCGAGACUAUUAAACUCAACAACAAACUGUUGACUCUUGGGAUCAAGGUUGUGUUCAUCACAAAAGGACCACUGAAUCUGAAGUAUGUGACCGUUUCCAACUUACAGAGGGUUGGGCCCUAUGAACGGGAUAAGUUGAUUAUCAAGAACCCAUCCACAAAUUAUCAAAUGCUUUUCAAUCUUCUAAGGGAAGGAAGCAAGCGAAAAAGGAGAUCUAUCACCUCAACUGGCGACAGUUCCGGCAGCGAACAUCGUCGUAGGCGACGCCUUGUGCCGCGACUCAUGGCGCCGAUUUCGGUCGACUCGAUGUCAGGGCUGGCGGUCCUUCCGACGGCGACCCUAGCGGCGGUCGAUGACGUUGGCGACACCUAUCUUGCGAUUUGCGGUGGUUGGCCUUGCCGGUGGUGGCAUGUGGUCGUUGGACGGCGGUGGCUAAUCUUGCCGGUGGCGGAGGAUGCGCAUCCCCGGGAUCGUCGUCUCUCAUGCACGAGAGGAAAGGGUUUUUACCCUAUAGCCGGCAGCAGCUCCGACGACGCUAGGAGACACCGGCAACGCCGUGGAUGGCAGUCCGCGGCCGUUUGGGUGGAGACUGGGACGUGAUUGUCGAACGAUGGAAGAGAGUUGGGUUUCUUGUUCAGAGGAGAGGAUCCUAGGUUCCACAGGCGAGAAUGAGAUGAAGGGGAAGAACCCCUGUUUGCUACUGAAUGUGGAUGCAGCCAAAGCCCUGGGCCUGCCUUGGCCAAUCCUUCUAAAAAAAAUCAAAUCUCUUCUGCACCACCAUCCGUUCUCACCUGUGCACCCCCAACUCCCAUCACGCACCCUGUUGUGUUUCCUGUUUGGGCCUUAGGCGCGUUAUUGUUUUUCUUUGAAACUCCCUUCCAAUCUGCACACCCCAUUUCUUAUCUGGCACCUCCUUUUGUCUAGGCUUAAGCCCAUUCUGCCUCCAAAAGAAAAUCUCUCUUCCUAUCCGCGCACCCCCUAUUUCUCACUCUCGCACCCCACUUACUUUGGGCUCAAGCCCUUUCAUCUAAAAGACCUUUCUCUUCCUGCAACCCCUGUUUCUGAUAAACCACACCUCCAUUCAGUCUGGGCUUGACCUCAAUUUGUUUACAAAAAAUGGUUUGGACACUCCAUUUUCUUAUUUAGGCAC